AUGAUGAAGCUUCUUAUUGUAUUGUGGAUAAGGUGCUGGUGUAUCCAACCUUUUUUUUAUAAGAACACUGUUCCAUGCUCUUUUUUUUUUUCUUUCUCGGAAUUGCAUCUCCCCCAAUGGAUGCUUUGGAGUUUGACGUUGUGCUUGACUAACUUAACUUCUAUUCUCUUGUCCUAUUUUUCUGUAGGAGACAAUCAUAGACUAUCUACGAAACAACAACAAGAUAAACACACAAUGUUCUAUUUGAGUGACACCUCAAAGUGGCAGGCCUUCAAGAACAAGGACCCGUUUGCUGCUGAUAAGUUUUUCGUGUGCCAUAUUGGCUUGAAUGUAUGCUGCAGACCCAACUGUGGGUUCAGUUUCAGUGACGAAGAUUCUAAGUCCAUUAUCUUUGUCGAUACAGUUGAGGAGGCCCUAGAAAAAGACUUCAGACUUUGCCAUCACUGUUUGCCCAAUUUGAAUGAGAAAUCUGACUACAUAUUAAGAGAAAACUUUGUUACAAUCGAUUUGGAAUUGUUGUUCUCUACAAUAGAUGCCGUCAAUAAGAAGAUAGGAUUUACUCCUCCUCUUAUCAAAAAAGGCCAGCAGUUUUACAAGCAGGCAAUAAUGCAAAUAAAAAACGCAAGGUUGCAGAAGAAGCUUUUGCAAUUUACAAACAACGAUAAACUUCCUCAAACAAACGAACUAGAGCAUCUCAAAAUGAUCGAUAUGGCAUGCCGACAUAUAGCUUUAGCUGCACUGUCCACUCUCUUUGGACUUCAAUUUAUAUAUAAUGAUAAAUUGGUGGGGAGAGAUGAUUCAAUCAAAAAAAUGGAUCAGCAAGGAGGCAGUGAAUAUUCUAGAAGAUACAGUUACACUGAAGAGCAUCAGAAGACCCCUGGUGAUGACGAAACACAGUGGUCCCCGUAUAGAGUUGAGAAGGGCAUUUUCAUAAUGCAACAUCAGAGAUUAAAAACAAAUAAACGUAAAGGCGGUGCAUUGGGGUUCAAAGAAUUGGCUGCUAAGUCACAACUGAGUCCUUGGCAUUUUCAUCGUACUUUUAAGAAUAUGACUGGUAUAACACCCAAACAAUACGGGGAUCGAUGUUUUGAAUAUUUAGAACACAAGAAACAUUCCUUGCCACAUAGUUUUGUAUCUGAUUCUUCAAUUAUAGUCAACGCCAAACUGGCCAACCCUUCUUUUAUUUCUGAUUCUUCAAAGGAUGGUUCAAAGAAGAGGGUGUCACGUAGUGCACUCUUUUUGUUAAACAUUGACACUACCAUCACACCAUCUACAGUACCAAUGCCAAUCCAAGUGCCGGUACCGUUACCAGUACCAGCGUCAGUUCCAAUACAGUAUAAUUAUAUUACCAAUGAUUUUGUUAACAACAAUCAAAGUUUAAAUUCACAUGUGAAUAUCGAAGAACCAAAAAUGCCUCCGCAGUCACCUCAGCUUUUCGAUGAGGUGUUUAGUUCACCAAAUAGAGGAUUUCCUCAAAGUUCACCACAUUCAACAGAGCUGUUUCUAUCACCUCAAGAACAAGAGUUAACUUUGUUUUUCUCAAAUUAUGCAAACGAAUACUCUUCUAGGAUGCCAUCAUUAGUGGAUGCAAAUGCGGCAUCUCCUACAAGUCUUAGUGCACCUGCUUCUUAUGUUGCCUUUGACUCGAUCAAUACGCAGCCAACAAGACAAUAUCCUCUGGAUAACGGGAUCCAAAGCAUGUUCAGCUCUAAUACUUCUAGAGAGGAAAACUUUCCCAAAUCAGCUAGUGCUUUAAAUAAUAUACCUGACGAUAUCGAAUGGGGAAAUCCUUUUAAUACGGACACAAGAAUCAAUGUUACUUCAGUGGAUUAUUUUGAUGACUGUUUCAAGUAUACAGAUCCAACAAAUUACGAGCAUCAGUGUCUCCUGAAACAACUCAGAUUACAAAAUUUGCUUGAAAACAAAAUAUCAGAUUUAACCUCUAUUCAGUGGGAGGAAGACAACAAUCUAGCAGACAUUAAUACUUUCAUCAAUUGA